AUGACCUCACAUGCUCCCGAUAUCGUCACUCUCGACAAUCUGUCGCAGACUAUUACACCCUGGAACCCUCAGGGGGAAAGUCAACUAUAUGCCAUAGUUGAUAUGGGAAGUAAUGGCAUUCGAUUCUCCAUCACAUCACUAGCGCCUCCAUUUACACGCCUCCUUCGUCCCAUCUACUCAACUCGCGCUGCCAUCUCACUAUUUGAUGCACUCAAGAACACACCCCAAGGUCUAGUAUUUCUUCCGGAAACCAUUGCUGCCGUAUCCAAGACACUGGGGCGUUUUCAUCAACUUGCUGCGCGUCAUGGAGUGCCAGCGAGGCACAUCACCAUCCUCGCUACUGAGGCCAUGCGCCGGGCUGACAAUGCUUCUGAAAUGCUCGAGGCAAUUUCAUCCGUGACUAAUGGCCUCAAAGUGAGCAUACUUGAGCCCGCUGUCGAGACCCUCUUUGGCGCUGUCAUGGGCUCUCGCAGUGGUCUCGUUGGCGUUGAAGGUGGCGCUCUGUUCCUAGACCUCGGGGGCGGGAGCGUGCAGAUGACGUGGGUGGACACCAGCAAGCCAAACUACGAGGUAGAGGCUGCCAGAGCUGGAGUGAGUCUGCCCUUUGGAGCUGCGAGAUUAAUUCGCGUGCUGCAAGAGCAGCCAGCCGAUGUUCAGGUUUCUGAGAUAUCAAAGCUUCAAAUCGGCAUGCAACAGGCAUACGCCAACCUCUGCUCCAAGUUCCCUGCACUUAACGCUCUGAAGGCCUCUCAUGACAAGGCUUCUCGCGUGAACGUCUUCAUGUGUGGAGGUGGCUUUCGCGGUUAUGGCAGCAUGCUCAUGCACCAAGAUCCUGUGAGCCCGUACCCUAUUCCCUAUACGAACGGUUAUACGGCUCCAGGCACACUCUUUUCCAAGGUUGAGCACAUGCGUCGCGUCAACGAGGAACACGACAGUAGAAUUUUCGGACUUUCAAAGCGUCGUCGUAAGCAAUUCCCUGCAAUCGCUACCGUCAUUGAUGCAUUGCUCGCUACGGUACCCAAUAUCGGCAACGUGACAUUCUGUGGCGGUUCGAAUCGUCAAGGUGCACUUAUGAUGAAACUUCCGUUCGAAAUCCGCGAGUGUAACCCCCUCAAUAUUCUUGCGGGAGUCACACCAGAUGAGAAACCCGUAUUUGAUGCUGUGUUGAACACGUUGAGAAGUGCUCUUCCUGCAGAGGUCGACUUCUCAUCCUUGCCCAACGUUUUGACUCCUGGGCUGGACUCUCUUUUUGUGCGGGAUAUCUGGACUCGUCAAGGCCACGAUUCGGAUAACAACUCCUCGUUUGUACUGCAUCAUGCAAUUACCCGAGAUGCGGAGGUCCCUGGACUCUCACACACCGGAAGGGCCCUACUGGCGCUUUCAGCCUCAGCUCGAUGGGGAGGCAAUCUAGGGCCCUUGGACUCACAGCUCCAGCAGAGUCUAUCGGCACUUCUUGGGAGCCAGCAUCUUGACGCACCAUUUUGGGCUUCGUAUAUUGGUGCUGUAGCCGGGCUUAUAGCCAUGGUUGUACCAAUCAUCCCGACGACUGCAGAGGAGGUGAAAAAUGCUAUCAGCAUAAAAACACAUCUCAAGAAGGCAGAGGAUAAGAAAGAGAGAAUUGAAUUAACGAUCAGAGUCGCCUCCGCCAACAUAGCGGGUGUCAGUCUAGAAGAUCUCGCCGACAGAGUUGAGAAAACCGCCAAAAAGAAUGGAGGAAAGAAGCCAAGAUACAAGAUAACUGCCCAAGUGAGCCUAUUGCCGUGA